UCAAUUUCAAAUUGUUCAACGUGUCGUCACGUGACAUUCUUAUUCAGAUAAGUUUCCUAAAAAAUCCACAAUGUCGCUAGUUUACAAUCCAACCACGAGGCAUUAUACGCAUGCGCAGUAUUUAGUUAGUCUAGUACUGUUUACUGUACGAUCGCGCGACCACGAGGUAUUAUUAUUACAAAUAUACAGUUUUAUUUUAAAAUACUACAACAGGUACAAAUAUAAAGAUUUGAAAAAAAUGGCACACAGUAAAAUAUUUUUACGAAAUCGUGCGCUUGGUUACGUUAGUAAUCAUAUACCAGUAGUAACGAGAUAUAUUCAAAGAAGGAAAGAAAAUCUUUUGGUAACCUGUGUAGGUAAAGAAUUUCAUACUUAUGGCUGUGCACAUUUUUCUCUAUUAAGUGUAUCUGGAACACAUCCUGACGAUAUAACUUGUUUAUCUGCGGAUUCUUUUCACAUUUAUACGGCCGCUGAUAAUAUCGUUUAUGCAUGGAGAAGAGGUACAGAAUUGAAGCACACUUACAUAGGCCAUAAUUAUACUGUACAUAUUAUAUUACCUUUUGGUCCACAUUUAAUCACCAUCGAUGAGAAUAGUACACUCAUGGUUUGGGAUAUUAAAACUGAAGAAUUAAUCUUAGAAUUGAACUUUUCUAAUAAUCAAUUUGAAAUAACUACCAUGAUACAUCCUGCUACUUAUAUGAACAAAGUUUUGUUAGGUAGCAAACAAGGUAGCCUACAAUUAUGGAAUUUAAAGACAAUGAAGAUGAUUUAUACUUUCAAAGGAUGGAAUAUACCUAUCACCGCUUUAGAACAAGCACCAGCUAUAGAUGUUGUUGCUAUUGGUUUGUUAGAUGGAAAAAUUAUAUUACAUAACCUUAAAUUUGAUGAGACACUUUUCGAAUUGAUACAAGAUACCGGUAGUGUAAUAUCAAUCUCAUUUCGCAACGACAACAAUCCCAUUAUGGCUACUGGAAGUUUAAACGGACAAAUCGUAUUUUGGAAUCUUGAACAGAGAAAAGUUGAAAGCCAGUUAAACAAAGCACACUUUGAUGCUGUAACUGGUUUAAAAUAUUUACCAAAUGAACCAUUAUUGGUAUCCUCUUCGUCAGAUAAUUCUUUAAAAUUAUGGAUUUUCGAUUUGACAGAUGGAGGUGCAAGAUUAUUAAAAAUAAGAGAGGGUCAUGCCGAACCACCAACAAUUGUACGUUUUUAUGGUAACAAUAAUGAUAAUAUAUUGACUGCAGGAGGUGAUUCAUCUUUAAGAAUAUUUUCUACUGUUACGGAAACGUUUAACAAAAGUUUAGGCAGAGCUUCUUAUAAUAGAAAAUCAUCCAAGAAAAAAAGUAAAACAGUGGAAGAUCCAAUGAUAAUGCCACCUAUUACAUACUUCUGUGCAGAAAAAACUCGUGAAAAAGAAUGGUGUAAUAUAGCAGCUAUUCAUUCUGGUUUAGGUAUGGUUACUACCUGGUCUUAUAAUUUAUUAAAAAUGGGUGAACAUAAGUUACUACCUGAAAGGUUUAAAAAUGAUCGUAAUGCCACAUCAACUUGCUUGUGCAUUACCAAAUGUGGAAAUUUCGUUAUUGUUGGAUACAGUACUGGUCAUGUAGAUCGAUUUAAUAUACAAUCGGGUACUCAUAAAACUAGUUAUGGCAAUGAACAUAAGCAUACAGGUCCAGUAAGAGGACUAGCAGUUGAUGAUUUGAAUCAAAUCGUUGUUACCGCUGGUAAAGAUUGUUUAAUUCAAUUUUGGGAUUUUAAUUCUCAUCAAGAUUUAGGAUUAAAAAUGACCAUGACGCUACCAGAAUCAAUAGAAUGGUUACGUUAUCACAACGAAUGUACUUUCAUAGCUGUUGCAUUGGAAAAUUUUUCAAUAAUUCUAAUUGACUUAGAUACUAAAAAGAUAAUACGACAUUUUUAUGGACAUAAAGGAAGAUUAACUGAUGCAACAUUUAGUCCUGAUGCAAAAUGGUUAAUCACAUCUUCUAUGGAUUGUACAAUAAGAACUUGGGAUAUUUUAUCGUCUCAUUUAAUAGACGUUUUUCAAGUAUCAAAUGCUUGUAUAUCUUUAAAUUUGUCUCCAACCGGAGAAUUUCUUGCAACGGCACAUAUGUGCAAUGAAGGAAUAUAUUUGUGGUCAAAUCGUACAAUUUAUUCUCAUGUAUCGUUAAAAGCUAUAAAAGAAGAAGAUGUAAUACCAAUGAUUGAUCUUCCUAAUUCUAUAGUAGAAGAUAAUCAAGAAAACAAUGAAGAUCUUAAUGAAGAAGAAUCGCAAUAUGUUUCUCCACAACAACUUGGUGAAAAUUUAAUAACAAUAUCUUCAUUGCCACAAUCUAGAUGGAAAAAUUUGCUUAACAUUGAUAUCAUUAAAAAAAGGAACAAACCUAAGGAACCUCUUCAAACUUCAGAAAAGGCGCCAUUCUUUUUACCAACCAUUGCCUCAUCGGAUAUCAAAUUUGAUUUGUCAGAUGUUCAAAAUUCAACAGAUAUUCCAAGAUUACGAAAUAACAAAGAUUUUCAAAUUUUAACGAUAUUUGGAAGAAUGUUGUGUUCCACUUUAGAAUCGGAUAAAGAUUUCAUAGAUGUUAUUGAUAAAUUAAAAUCUAUGGGUCCAAGUGCCAUAGAUUUUGAAAUUCAAUCUCUUUCGGCGGAAGAAGACAAUAAAGUAUUAUUGUUACAACAAUUUAUGAAAGUCUUAUGUUUUAUGAUGGAUCAUAAAAUUGAUUUUGAAUUGGCACAAACUUAUCUAGGAGUAUUCUUAAAAUGGCACGGUCAAACAAUAUCUGAAACUCCAAAAUUAUUAAAUAAUUUAGAAUAUUUGCAAGAUCAACAAUUGAAAAAUUGGCAGACACUUAGAGAAAAAUUAUUUUAUAAUCUUAGUAUUGUAAAGUCUCUUAAGAAAAUGUAACAUAAAUCAAAUGUAAGACUUUUUUUUAUACUUUCUU